AUGUUGAAACCUUGCUGUGCAGUGAGCGACUGGACGGCGGGGCAGCAUCUCGGCCGGAUCCCGCUGGCCCGCGUCAGCAUCUCGAAUCCCGGAGAAUUUGGCCUCAUCCCUGGCCAACCCUUCUGGCCGCCCAUCACGACGACUCUGCCCACCACCACUACGCCGCUUAACCCGCCCAUCACUGCCGCAUCCCCGCCCGUCGCCACUAAGCAUGCAAGCGCCCACCUUAAUGAAAUCGAGGUAAAAGGCGGAGGCAUCCUCGUGCAGGACCACGGGUAUCGCACCCCUCCCGCGGGCAAGAGCAAGCCUAUCGCGCCCAUAAUUUUGCAAGCGCUACGUCGGCUGGAGGCUCGACCCGGCGCAGUGCAGGGCGGGGCCUUCCCCUCCGCCGCAACGCUACUCCUUGCGGGAAAUGCACAGGCACUCAACCCCGUGAUCCCGGGGAGAGCCCAUGCGCUGCCCGUGGCGACCACUACUGCCUCUCCCUUCGCGACAGCAUUCCCGGCUCGGCGGCCGUCGCCACAAACCAAGGCCCUCUUGCAGACGUUGCUGCGCGCGCGUAAUCAGAGGCUCAGAGGCUUCGGCGGAGCACCUGGCAUCCCGCCGCCCACACGCCUCAGGGGCCUCAGCGGGCCUCCGCAAACGCCGUCGCCUGCACUCGCUGACAAACUGGCCACGUUAUUACCUGCGUCUAUCCCGCCUACCACGCCUACCACGCCUACCACGCCUACCACACUUACCACGCCUUCCACGCCUACGACACCUACCACUACCUCCACCACUACCACACAGAGGCCCAGAUCAAACACGAUUGGCAGCCUUGUGGACCCCGAGAUGGCACCAAGCCCGCUGCACGCACAGGAGGAAGAGCUUCCACCACCCGAUCCUUUCGCCUCUGUGUUCGGCCGCCGGAUGCCACAAAACGGACAAGUAGCACCCGUGUUUGAAGUAUCCUUGGGCGUGCCCCAGCGCAAAAAAAAUGCUGAGUUAACAGCAGUUAGUGGCCGAUCUAAGCCUACAGAAAGCGUCGAACGGCAGGCAGGAAAAGCGUCUUUGCAUGCUGCUGUUUCAAAAGUGCAACAUAUAACUCAGGCAGCACAACAGGAGCCUGAGAUUACUCUGGGGCCCCCACCUCACCUGCUGGGGCAGAUUCCCGUGCACGUCGACCCUACACCCCCGCCAUCAGCAGGGAAUCGAGAUGGCGUCACCACGAGGGAACCCACACCAACCCACUCGCCGACGCCCCAAGCAAACUCUGGCCCUGUUGCCGACCCCUUCACGGCUGUCUUCGAAGCCUUAAACCAGAAACUCACUAGCCAGCCUCCGUCGCCGCCCACGAGACUCCCUGGACCUUCAAACGACUACUACUACUAUUAUGACGACUACGAUGAUGACUAUUACUACUACGACUACGAGUAUCCAAGCAGACAUCUCGGGCCGCAAAGAGGGCGCUUCCGCUUCCCGGCCACCAAUCCCCGCCAGGCAACCUUUGCAGGAGCUAGCCUAAGGAGAAAUCCCUUCCCCGCUACAUCUUUGCUCAGACAACCUCUUGCUGGCAAUUUUCCAGCAACGACCAACUUGCCACGAGGUUUCAACACGCCGUUUGUACCGGCCACACUCUCCAGGGUAACGCCCCUAGCGCCAGGCUCAACAAUUGGCCCUAUAGCGCCUGUCACCAGACCAGUACUGCCCCCACGACCAGCUCCUCCACCAACACUGACACAGUCGGCGCCAAGGACACAGCCCCGGCUCAUUACUCCCCCUCCCUCGCUCUUCGCCACUCCACCCCCCGCCCCCGAGACUGGUCGUCGAGACGAAGCCCUCGAAGGACCCCGACAGCAGCCACCUCAAGGGGUCCCAUCCAAGGCCGAGGCACCGCCAUCACAGGUGCCUUCAUCCCAGGGAGUUCCCCAAGUCCUCCCAGAAGCACCGGUUGCUCCGGGCCUGUCGUCCUCGAAGCCAAACCCAACCUCGAACACUGUUUUCAAGAUGGUUUCCUCCCCUCACCCUUCAGAGAUAAUCAGCCAGCCUGGCGAUCCACCUUCGACACUUCCUCCACGCCCAAUCCCGCCGCCAUCUUUGCAACAGCAACCUCCGCCACCGCCGGCAAGGAAUCAACUCCAAUUCCAAAAUGCCGGUUCACCUAAACCCCAGUCUGAGGAGCUCUCUGCAAGUGGUCCUCCACUUAGGGCCCCGACACCGUCUUUACCCGACCCAGGCGAGGCCCUUGAACCGCGUAUACGGGGCGCAGUGGGCCCUGACGAUCGCCUGACACUGCUGGUGUCUCCCGAGCAGCUGCGGCGGCUGCAUCACUCCAAGACUUCCACACCCACCAUAAGGAAACAGCCGGUCUAUUUCCUGCCACCGGAGGCCACACUGCCGGAACUGGCCACGCAAAUACGCCGUCGACGAAGACCUGAUGCCCGCGUGGGAGGCCUGGAAGGCGGGUCUUGGCAAAACCAAGCGCCCACUUCGUCGCAACAGGGACCACGCGAGGAACAAAAGGAUUCUCCGCCAAGAGAAAACACCAGCCCGCAGGAGGAGAUAGCGAUUAGCCAGCCCGCCAGCCCUCAAUCAUCUUCAAGCGGGGCCCGUCUCCAGGUGCCACAGCAGAGCCUACCAGGGAGAGGCGAUCUGCAUGAUAUCGCCGCCUUUUCUAAUCGCCACAAUAAAUCAGAGGAUUCAAUGACCCAUCAGGGAGCGUCUGCUCGCAAGCGUAUGCCUGAAUCCCAAGACAAGGAUCCCCGAAAACCUGAAAGAGAAAGGCGCCCCGAGUUCUCUCGUUUGCCUCUCAUAGGAUUCACAGGAGCUCAGGCUUUGGGGGAUUAUGCCAAACCGGAAGACGCAUCGUCGCAGAAAGACGAGGCGACACCGCAAGGAGUCCCAGAGAUCGACAGACAAAACGAGAGUCAAAUUCCAACUAGCCACUUGCAAGAGGAAGCAAGCCGCUCUGCAGAAGCAACACCACACGGGCAGCCACGAGAUAAAGCGUCCACACCUCCUGACGACGACGUUCUUGAAGAGACGGCGCCCUUUAGCGAAGAUUUAGUCGCCACCCACGACGGGGAGAGCGUGCCCGAAGUGCAGGGAUGGCGCAAGGACCUUCCGUACCCAAACAUCACCAUCCCAGUGGAGUCCCCGGCGUUAUCGGGCCUUCCAUUUUACAUUAGCGGAAAAAAAGAGCUGGGACCCUUUUUCAUUGUUGCGCUGGACUAA